ACCUGGGGAAAACGCGCCUUUGUCCUCCGCCCCCGCAGCCCCCGGGUGAGCUGUCCACUUCAGCACCACGAGCCGAGCGCAGGCAGCGGGGGACUCGCUAAUGCUGCGAAGGAGGAACCGAGAGGACCGACGAGACCCGUAGCGGCUGCGGGAAAGACUACAGUCAUCAUGUACGAUGCAGCAAGGGUGCCUUCUCCCAAGGAUGCUGCAAACGGGCUGACCAAGCCACUAGUCCCCAGGGCGGGAACAGAGAUGGGGGCAACAACGGGAGGAGGGGGCCUGACACCAACGACGGCCCUACAAGCCAAAACCGAGGAAGGACAACCAGGUGGAGAUGAGGGAGCGUCGAAAUCAGAGCCGGUCUUAGUGAAAAAGCCGCAAAGGGAGAUAUUGGACCACGACAGGAAGAGGAGGGUAGAACUGAAAUGUAUGGAGCUCCAAGAGAUGAUGGAAGAGCAAGGGUACACAGAGGAGGAGAUUCGACAGAAAGUGAGCACGUUCAGACAAAUGCUGAUGGACAAAGAGGGGGUCAUCACCAGAGAUGGCUCGCAACCAGUGGUCAACCACAUGCACUACUACCCUGAGGAUGAUGCUGAAUUGGUUGGCGAUGAAGAUGGCGACUACACCGAUGAUUAUCACAGUGAUAACAGAGGAGAGAGGAAAUCAAGCAGCUCUCCAUCCCCUCGUCCAAAGAAAAGAAAGAAGAAGAAAUCUAGCCGCCGAAAAAGUCGGUUUGGCAGCUCAUCACCCUCUCGCAGAGAGAAGAAGAAAAAGAGUAGCAAGAAACACAAACGUGACAGGUCGGCAUCAGGCUCCAGCAAAAAGAGGAGGUACAGGUCGGGCAGCCCAAAGGACAAACACAAAAACAAGAACAAACAGAAAAAGAGAUCCCCCGCUGAGACCCCCAGAAGGAGCGUACAGCGUCAAGGCAGCUGUUGCAGCAGCCGCAGCGCCUCGCUGUCAUCCACUGGGAGCACCUCCAAGUCUCCCGGCAGACUGAACUCCAAGCACAAGAAGGAUGGAAAGAAGGCUCGCUGCGCUUCACUAUCCCCGGGCCAGAACAGUCCCACUGCUUGGCACAAUGGCGACCACACCCAGCGCAGUCACAAUUGCCACAAAGCCGGCAGCAGACUCAACCACACUGACGGCAAUAAGGUGCAAGAUAAGCUGCGCCUACUGGCCGCUGGCUCUGCAAGCAUCCAGUCUGCUCUGCUGAAAGAGCAGAAGCACCAUAGCGCCCCCAGCAGGAGUCAGGCGGCGCACAUGUGCACCACAAGUGAAGCUGGAAGUGCGGACAGCGUGAACGCGGCAGGGAGGAGAGCGAGCCAGCGAGGACGGAAUAAGAGCUCCCAUUCCCCCGCUCACAGCAGCGACUCGGCACGUUCCCGCCGCAACCGCGCUCGCAGAGGGAGGAGCAGCCGUCAUCAGAGAAAGACAAAAAGCAGCCAUUCCUCCAAGCGUCACCACCGCUCCAGUCGAGGUCAGGCACACAACCGCAGCCCAUCAGCCUCGCCGGGGCGACACUCGCACACGUCGAGCAGAAAGAAAGAGGUGUCGCGGAGCAAGCAGAACCUGAGGCGUCGCAGCAGCUCGUGGAGCAGCGAACAGUCCUCGUGUGCCCACAGGGACCGAGGCCUCAGCAAGGCCAAGUCUCCUCACAACAGGCAGAACACAUCCAGAGAGAGGGACAGCCCCAGCCGCUGCGAUAGCGAUGCCGACAGCCGGGCCCGUCGCCGCUCCCGCAGUUACUCGCCCAUUCGCAAGCGGAGAAGAGAUUCACCCAGUUUCAUGGAGGCUCGCAGGAUUACCAGCGCUCGGAAACGUCCGAUCCCGUACUACCGCCCGAGCCCGUCGUCGUCGAGCUACGACAGCAGCCCCUCACGCUCCAGUCGCAGCUACAGCAGCUACAGUCGCAGUCGCAGUCGCAGCAGGAGCCGCAGCAGGAGCAGGAGCGGGAGUCGAAGUCGCAGUCGCAGCUGGAGCCGCAGUCAGAGCUGGAGUCGCAGCAGGAGUCGCUCUCACAGUCGCCGCGGUUACUCCAGCCACAGCAGCUACGACAGCCCCGGCUUCUGAGAGCAACCCAGAACGCGAGGGAGGGUACUGCAAUUGGGGUACCGAUAGAUUCCGGUCCAGGGGCCAAAUCCCUUUUACCCUCUAGACUAUUACCUCACUACUACAGAGUCUGUUUUUUUUUCAUUUGAUAAAACAGCACUCUGCAAUUGGUAUUUGGCCAGUGACAGUCAUUAGGAUUUGCCUUUACACGACACCACAAUGGAUUUGAAAUAAACCAAAUGGCAUGUCGGUAACGGAAGGGCAGCGUUCAGUUCACGUUUUUUUGCUAUUUCAGAAUUACCAGCUGACUUGUAAAUGUCUGCAACGCACUCGUGAUAAUGAAAAUCUGCCAUUAAGAGACCAUGAUAGUUUUACUUCUCUCACUCAUUUUAAACUCAUACAAACAACCCUAAACCCUUAUAAAGUAUUCCUCAGCAAGAAAUGAGAAACUAUCAUUUCAAUAUAUAUGUGUUUGUGUAUAUACUGUAUCAUCACUUUGAGGAAAUAAUAUGAUUUUGUUUCAAUUUAAGAUGAAAGUCUACACUAAAGUUAUUCCCAUUUCAAAUCCAUUGUUGUGGUGUUUAAAGGCAAAUUCCUAAAAAUACAUUCCCAAAGAAACACGUUAAACAUUGAUUUGGUCGAGCCCUUGGAACAAGUCUUGCCCUUUGUUGGCAUAUUCUUUUACUUCUUCCACGAAGUUGGAUGUAAACAUUAAAAAUGGAUGCAGAGUAAAUGACACAUCAUAGGGAAAAGUCCGAAUUUCUUUUCCUCGCCGCCCCAAAGAUGUUCACUCCCCGAGAGCAGCAAGAUCAAUGGAAGUAAGAACAAAAGAGGAGAAAAUCAUUUUUUUAUUCCUAAAAUUGUAUAGGUUCGUCUGUAUAGAUCUCUAAUCUUCUGGCUUUGUAAACUAUGCACUGUAUAUUCCAUUAUAGCAUGGCGAAUUGGAAAGAAAGUGGCCCGAAAUAAGCUUCGGGGACGCUCCUCUCAUGGUAUGCCAGACAGUCACGAGCAAAUUUCUAUUAAUCUGUAUUAUUUAUUACUUUUCGUCUGCCCUAGCUCACUGACUCUGAUGCGUAUACUGAUUCUGCUUAUCCUUCAUGUAUUUAUGGGUGCGUGUGUAAAGCGAGGUACACGCAUACUGAUUUUUCACAUUUGAAUCCGAUUUUUGAAGUGAGAAAUGAGAGAUAGGGUGUCGUGGGGAAAGGUUGUCUGUCCUCUUUAUCCUCUUUUCGCCACUAUUUUGGUGCGGCAACAGCGCACGCAAAUUCCAUAUGACAAUCACGGAGUCCGUGGCUCGGCCGAACUAUCUGUAAGGGUGAGGUUCAACAUUUCCAACUGUCGAGUGAACAAUCACUCCAAAGACACCCCACACCACAGGAUAAUCACAAUCUGACUUACUAUCAGUAUGCGUGUGCCCCGCUUUCCGUGUCAUUAUGACUGAGGCUGCCCUCGCACUAUACAGGAAAACGUACUGCAAAACUUUCCAUGCACAUUGUUUUUUGUGAAUCUACUAUUUAUUGUAUUUAUUUAUUUAUUUACAUAUUGAUUUAUUUAUUGAACUAUUUAUGAUUUGAAGUUAUUGAACCUGUUUUUAGCACGAGGCCAUGGUCUUCAGAGGAGGUCAAAUCAUGUUGGGAAGAGAACAUUGCAACAGAUGUAUUCCCAUGUGACCAUCGCAUGUUGAUUGGUCGAACGCCUUGCCGAUAAGCGCUCUGGCUGGACAUGCAUCAUGUUGGAGAUUAGCUCAUAACCAAUGGAACGGAUCCCCACGACUUUCAUUAUUUCAUGGGGUCUUAGUGGUUCAAUACAAGAGUAACAAGGUGUCAUUCAACUCCACCCUGUAUGCAAAAAAAAAAACAAAAAAAAAACAUUGAGACAGACCUCUUAAUGAAAGAAGGAGUUAAUCAAAUGGGACUUUGACAAAGUUCCUGAAUCUCAAUGCCACAUCUUGCCAAGACAUUUUGGACAAUCCUAUGCUUCCAACGCCAGGGGCAAACUUUGAGGAAGGUAGUUUUUGUGCCCCACUGUGCAAGGCAAGGUCCAAAAUCCCCUGACGUCUAGCCUAUCAAACACAUUGGAAAUUAUUUUUUUUUCUCUCUAUCAAGGGUGGAAGCAGCUAUUCCAUUAUAUAUAUAUAUAUAUAUAUAUAUAUAUAUAUAUUUUUUUUUUUUUUCUAUAAAUGUCACUUCCAGUUGAGGCAAAGUGUCCCAAUACCUCUGUCUAGAAAACGUAAAAUGGGGCCGAGCUGAGCAGAGACAAUAUCAGGAUCUGUCCUGCCUCAGCUGUGUUCAUUUGCAGAUACAAACAGUCCACCAGAAAGUCUUCCUACCGCUUUAUCACAUCUUAUUUAAUUUGCACUUUGUUGCAUUCCAUGUCCAACACCUGAAUAGUAAAGCCUGCCCUUAAUUGAUUCUAAAUAUAGCACCGCCCCUUUGGUCCAUUGAUCCUUCUUUGUAGUGUACAGGUUAAUAUUCCUGACAAUAAAUUGAGACAAAUGGGCAAAACAAA